GGUUGAAAUGUAAGAGUUACAUGGCUGAAAUGGAUGUGUUUCAUCAUAUUUUGUACUACAUGAAGUUCCUUGCUGCUAAGAAAAUAUGGCGUGUCUUUUGUUUACAACCUACGACCAUGCGUAACGAUAGAGAAUAAUGUCCAUGAUCAUGUCUGAUAGAAAGAAACGCCACCAUUUCGUGCAUUAUGAUUGGCUGGAAAGUCAGGAAGGAAAAGAAUUCCUUGGCAUUCUCUUAAGACGAAAUAAACGAAGAAUAUUCGGAAUUUUGGAGAAACCUGCCCUCCCGUCUGGUAUAGCUCCUCCGAUAGUCCCAUACAAACUGUUACUGCUUGGAAAAGCAGCUGUUGGUAAAACAAGUACGGUAGCAAAGCUUGCUGGAAAAGAACUUGCUUCGACGUACGCUGAAACUCCUGGGAUCCAAACGACUUUGAUAUAUUGGCCUGCAAAGUUAAUAUCCUCGUCCGAAGUCGUUCUAUUUCAACUUCAUUUCUGGGAUGUUGGAGAUUACGCGAUGAAAAAGUUUGAACACAUCAAAAAAUCUUCACAAAUGAAACCGGAUGCCGUGAUAUUCUUCUUCUUUAUAGACAGAGCCAGUUUCGAUGAUUUGCCGUUCUUGAUCACCAGAACAUGCGAAGAACUGGAUGAGCUGCCGAAAAUAACUAUUGGGACUAAGUUUGACAAAGUACUCCAUAGCGAGGUCACCGAAGAAGAACUUCGUGACUUUCAAGAGCAAUGGCAAAUUCCCGUUUUGAAAACUUGCAACAAAGACGGACGCAAACUGGCUGACGGGAGCCUAGAUGGUCGUGCUGGUUUAAUGGAGGUCGCGCCAAUUCUCAACAAGAUUGUUGAUGUUUUGUUGAAAAGACGCGAGGAGAAAGCUCCAAUCAACAAAAUCACCAAAAACAGCCGAUCGGCAAUCAAGGUCAAAAUAGAAGAUCACAAGAUGACCAUCGUAUCGCAUACAUGAUUUGAAAUAAUUAUUCUGUCCUAUGCCGUUUUCUUAUUUCCAAUUCGAAUAUGGGGCAAAUUUACAAGACAUGUUUGUUAUAAUUUAUUUAUUUAAAAGACAACAAAUAAGAAAAGUGACUGUUUUGGGUAUCGCAAAAUUAUAUAAAUAUGGUCUAUUUUCAAUAUUCAAUAAAUAUAAAUAAAAUACA